AAAAUCUCUAUCUAUCUCACCGAGCAAAACUACAAGUAUAUAGAUACUUCCACUCAACUACAUCUAUGGUGGUCCCAUUUGAUUUUUGUCUUAAUUUCUCCAACUUCCUCAUAUGCCUUUUUUUAAUUUCAUCUUCCAAGUUAAUUGGCCAUAAAUUGAAGUAGAAAAAACAUUAUAUUAAAUUUAAAAGUAAAGUUAGGUUCUUCCUUUUGUAUUUUUCUGUGCUCUGCUAGUAAAGUAAUGGAGGGAAAAAUUGAGGCAGCAGAAAAUGAGCUACACAAUAAUAAUGGGCUAAUAAAAUUGCAGCAACAAGGAAAAGAGAUCCAAUCAAUACAUUGCGAUGACGCCACAAUCAAUGAAGAAGAGAUGAACAAGAUUUCUCUUGUGAGAGCUGUAGUUGAGAAACAAGAUCCGUCUUCUAAGGAAGUUGAUGAUUUUGCGAUAAGAAGGUUUCUUCGAGCAAGGGAUCUGGAUGUGGAAAAAGCUUCAACAAUGUUGUUGAAAUACUUAAAAUGGAAGAAAAGUUUUGUGCCAAAUGGGUACAUUUCACCUACUGAGAUUCCAAAUGAGAUAGCACACAACAAAAUGUUCUUACAAGGUGUGGACAAAUUAGGACGCCCCAUUGCUGUCGUUUUUGGUGGCAGACAUAUGCCGAAUAAACAAGGAGGUCUUGAAGAGUUCAAACGAUUUGUUGUCUUGGCUUUAGACAAACUCUGUUCAAGAACUUCACCAGGAAGGGAAAAGUUUGUGGUAAUUGGGGAUCUACAAGGUUUUGGCUAUUCCAACAGUGAUGUUCGUGCAUAUCUUGGCGCUCUAUCCAUUUUACAGGACUGCUACCCUGAAAGACUCGGAAAACUGAUUGUGGUUCAUGUUCCUUACAUAUUCUGGACAAUGUGGAAGCUUGUGUACCCUUUUAUUGAUAACAACACCAAGAAGAAGAUUACAUUUGUGGAAAACAAACGACUCACGGAAACUCUACUUCAAGACAUUGAUGAAAGCCAGCUACCAGAUAUUUAUGGAGGCAAAAUGCCAUUAGUUCCUAUUCAUGAAGCCUAAGCAAGUAGUUACACAUCAUUAUUAUUCAGAGCUGGUUUACGAGGUCUUUCAGGUAAUGCACUCGAUAAGAAGACAACGUUUGUACUAUGAUUAUAUAGAAGAGAAUUGAAAUAUUCAACUCAGGCUUAUAGCUCAUGACACUAUCAUACAUGAGUGGCCUGCAUAUUUAGUCAGAGCAGUUAAGAACUACAAUCAAAGACAGAUUAUGUUCAGCAUACACAAAAUUGCUGCAGAAACUCCGGGAAAAAAACGAGUACCUUGCUGAAUCUACUCUUAUUAUUUCUGUGGCUUGCAAAAUGAAGUAGCUGCUCGUUUCUGUAUCAUAUAAACAACAUUGGUAGCUUAAGAGCCUUUCUUGUAGAAAUCGCUUCAAUAGUAUGAUCGAUGUUGGUUAAUGGGGUCUUGUUUUCAAUCUAUUGAAGAUAAAAUCU